AUGGGUUCUGAAGGAUUUCCCUAUUCAACCGCUUGCUUCACUCUCCCCGUCGACAAGAUUCUGAAGGAAUUUUUAUUAUGGAUUGAACAAGAUCUUGGACCUUGGGGUCCUGUUGUACUGGCUGUUGCGUACAUUCCUCUGACAGUGUUGAAUGUUCCAGCAUCAGUGUUAACGUUUGGUGGCGAUGGUUAUGUUUUUGGGCUGCUUGUGGGCUUUGUAGCGCACUCUAUCAAUGCCAUUGUGGGUGCAGGGGCUGCAUUCCUUCUCGGCGGAAUGAUUGAGAAAUCAGUCGUUGUUUCUAAGUUAAAGAAUUAUCCAUGGUUUCAAUCAGUUGCCAUUGUAAUUCGUAGAUCUGGAUUUAAGAUCCUUUUGCUGCUUCGGUUUGUUCCCUUGCUGUCAUUUAACAUGUUGAAUUACCUCCUAUCUGUGACCCCUGUUCCAAUAGGAAAAUACAUGCUGGCUACCUGGUUAGGAAUGAUGCCAAUAACUCUUACAUUAGUUUAUGUUGGAACAACUUUCAAGGAUCUUUUUGAUGUGACACAUAGAUGGAGUGAAUUUUCAAAGACCCGUUGGAAUACGCACCACGGGAUGCUCUACUGGCAACCUGAAGGGGCACCGACUCCUUGUUUGCAAGAUUUUACUUAA